AUGGUUACUCCAACCCAUCCAUCAUCUUUGGAACGCAGUUCUGUUGAUCAGCAGGCUUAUGACAUCUUCCUGAGUUUCAGAGGUGAAGACACCCGCAAGAGUCUCGUCGAUCACCUCUACUCCGCUUUGGUGAGAGCCGGAAUUAAAACCUUCCGAGAUGACGACGCGCUUCGAAGAGGGGAAAACAUCUCUACCGAACUACUCAAUGCGAUCCGUGGAUCAAGGAUUUCCAUUGUUGUCCUUUCCCAAGGCUAUGCUUCUUCUAAGUGGUGUCUUGAAGAGCUUGCAGAAAUUGUGCAUUGCAAGAAUACGAAAAGCCUUACUCUUUUUCCUGUAUUUUAUCAUGUGAGCCCUUCAGAUGUUCGAAACCAGACUGGAACUUUUGCCGAAUCAUUUGCGCGGCAUGAAGAGCGGUUUCAGCAGGACAUGAUGAGGGUAAAAAGGUGGAGAGCAGCUCUAACUGAAGCUGCAAACUGUUCCGGCUGGGAUCUCGAGAGUGUUUCCAACGGGUAUGAAGGAAAGUUCAUUGAUAUGAUCAGCAAAAAAAUUAUGCAUCAAUUACACCCUAAUCACUUCAAUGCGGCCAAACACCUGAUAGGAAUAGAUUUUCGUGUUGUGGAGAUGAAAGCCUUAUUACAUCUGGAAAAUAAUGAUGUUCGCAUUGUUAGCAUCCAUGGGAUGAGUGGAAUAGGUAAAACAGUCAUAGCAAAUGCUGUUUAUAACCAAGUAAGUGAUGGAUUUGAAGGAAGUAGUUUUCUCAAAGACAUUAAAGAAACUUCAAAACCGUUUAAUGGUUUAGUCAAGUUACAAAAAAAUCUUCUUAGUGAUAUCACGAAAAACAAAGAUUGGCCAUUUGAAAAUGUUGAUGCAGGAAUCUAUUGGAUUAAGAAACUCCUUGCUAGGAAAAAAGUUCUUCUUGUUCUUGAUGACAUUGAUCACGUGGAUCAACUAGAGGCAUUAGCCGGAAACACUAGCUGGUUUGGUGCUGGGAGUAGAAUCAUUGCAACGACUAAAGAUAAAGAUUUGCUAAAGCAAUUAGGAAACUAUGAAAAAUAUAAAGUGGAAGAAUUGACUUGCAUAGACUCUCUUGAACUUUUUAGCUGGCAUGCCUUCAAAAUGCCCCAUCCAAUGGAAGAUUAUCAUGAGCUGUCCAUUAGUGUAGUGAAGUAUACUGGAGGGCAUCCAUUAGCUCUUGAAGUUUUGGGUUCUUUUCUCAUGGGAAGAAGCAUUAUUGAAUGGAAAAGCACAGUGGAAAAAUUACAAAAAAUGCCUGACCAUAAUAUUCAGAAAGUACUUCAAGUAAGCAUUGAUUCAUUACAUGAGGAAAUAAUGGACAUAUUCCUUGAUAUUGCAUGCUUCUUUAUAGGGAUGGAUAUAGAAUAUGUUGCCAACAUUCUCCAUGGUUGUGGUUUUUCUCCGGAUAUUCGUAUUAAUAAUCUUGUUCAGAGGUCUGUUGUAAUAAUAGAUCUCCAUGGUAAGCUGAGGAUGCAUGAUUUGAUUCGAGAUAUAGGAAGGGAGAUUGUUUGCCAAAGUUCACCUAUAGAUCCAGGAAGACGUAGUAGGUUGUGGUUUUACGAGGACGCAUUAAAUGUACUACACAGUGAAUAUAUGGGAUCUGAAGUAGUGGAGGGUCUCGUGCUAAAUCCACCCUCACUUGCAGAUAUACAUCUGAAAACCGAUGCAUUUGCAAAGAUGAACAAUUUGAGGUUGCUCCAGAUCAAUAAUGUGCAUCUCACAGGAAGCUUUGAGCUUCUUUCCAAAGAGCUAAGAUGGCUAUGUUGGCAUAACUGCCCAUUGAAAAUUCUACCGCAAAACUUUCAUCUAGAGAACCUUGUUGUGCUUGACUUGCAGCAUAGUAAUUUUAAAGAAGUCUGGAAGGAGAACAGGGUAUUCAACAAGUUGAAAGUCCUUAAUCUCAGCUAUUCCAAUAAUCUUUGCAAAUCACCAUGCUUCUCACAAGUCCCACAUCUAGAGAUACUAGUUCUGGAAGGAUGCAUAAACUUGAUUGAGCUUCAUGACUCUGUAAGAUAUCUUGAAGGGCUUGUUUUGUUGAAUUUGAGAGGAUGCAAGAACCUCAGGAAUCUCCCAAAAGGCAUUUCUAAAUUAGAAUCUCUUAAAACUCUUAACUUGUCUGGCUGCUUACAGCUUGAAAAGUUACCAGAGAAUUUGGGGAAUUUGAUUGCUUUAAGAGAGCUGUUUAUAGGAGGAACUGCCAUUAAGCAACUCCCAUCGUCCUUGAUUUUUUUGAUGAAUUGGAAAGGCUUAUCCUUAUAUGAAUGCGAAGAAAAGUUCUCAGGAUCUUGGCUAUCACGUUUCUCAUCACAGUUUUCACCAAGAAGUUUGAAUCCUAGAACUUUGCUGCGAGCUUUCAUUUCUGGAUUUGGCACUUUGGGAAAACUAGCUCUUAGGGACUGUAAUUUGUCGGAAGAUAAGAUUCCCCUUGAUCUUGGGGGAUUCUCUUCCCUCCAAGGCUUGGAUUUAUCAGAAAACAAUUUUCGUAUCCUACCAGAUAGCAUCAGUGGCCUUUCUAAAUUACAAUAUCUGCACUUACAACAGAACAAGUCUCUUUACUCGAUUUCGGGACUCCCUGCAAAAAUAGAGACAUUAUCUGCAUCGGGCUGCUCAUCAUUGGAAACACUCUCAUUUUCCUCAAGUUCUGAGUUAGCUGUACUUUACCUUGGUGAAUGCUACAACCUGGUUGAUAUUCAAGGCUUAAACUUGGAAUCUAACAUGCAAGUUGAAUUGGUUGGGUGCUACAAUCUGUCAUAUGAUUUUAGUGAGAGUGUUCUUCAGUGUACGCGGACCAACUAUGCUCCUUGUAACCGUUUGAUUAUCUUCCCUACUAGUGAGAUUCCCAAUUGGUUUAGCAAUCAGGAAAUGGGAUCUUCCAUAUCGUUUCAUGUACCUUCGCUUUUACGGGGUGAUUUUCGUAUAUUAUAUAUUUGUGCUGUUUAUACAAUGACAGAAAGGUCCCAUAUGUGGUGGUUAGAAGAUAAUUGUAUUGAGUGGCCUCGAAUCAAGAUGGUAGUUCACAAUAAAACAAAAGGCUAUCAACAGGAUAUUCUUCCAGCUGCACCAGGUCACUUGAAUGUGAGCUAUUCAGAUAAUUUGUUUCUAUUCCGAUGGUCUAUUUUAAGAAACAAGUUUGUGAUCCUUGGUAAUUCUUUCAAAAUAAUGGAGCUAGCAAGUGGAGACGAAAUCAAGUUUUCCUUUGAUUUAGGGAAAUUUGCUGAGGUGAAGAAGUGUGGAGUUCAUAUCUUGGUUGAUUCCCCAAACAUAAUGGACAAAAAUGCAAGUGAUAUCCAAUAUAUCUGUUCUGAUUCUGUUACUGAUAGGGAAUCUGAAGAUGUUGCUUUUGUAGUUGAUGAGUUCUCUGAAUCAGGUUUUUCUAUUGGUAGUAUGGUUUGUGAAAAUGAUAUUAGUACAAAUGAUGAGAUCUUUGAAGGUGAUGUUGCUACAGAUGGUGUGGUCUUUGAAAGACAUGUUGCUACGCACAAUGAGGUCUUUGAAGCUGAUGCUGCUAUAGAUGGUGGGGUCUUUGAAGGCCAUGUUGCUAUAGAUGGUAAGGUCCCUUAA